GAAGCAAUUGUAGGACGACAACUCCUUGAGAGAAGGGAGGAUUGCAGCAACCUUAAGCUAGUCCAAACUAGUGUACGGUUGUCUGUUGGGAAGCUUUCAAAAAACUUCCAAUAAUUAAAAAAAUAAUAAUCAGAAAGAAGAUCAAGAAUGGCUCGCGGAAAGGUUCAGAUGAAACGUAUUGAGAACUCUGUACACAGGCAGGUUACCUUCUGCAAGCGCCGAUCUGGUCUCCUUAAGAAGGCUAAGGAGCUCUCUGUGCUGUGUGAUGCUGAAAUUGGAGUUUUCAUUUUCUCCGCCCAUGGAAAGCUCUACGAACUAGCCACCAAAGGAACCAUGCAAGGGCUUAUUGAGAGGUACAUGAAGUCCGGCCGAGGGACCCAACCUGAACCAGCUGCCAUUGAGACCCAGCCUGAUAUGGAUGUGAAGGAAGAGAUCAACAUGUUGAAGCAAGAGAUUGAAAUAUUGCAAAAAGAACUGAGGUACAUGUUUGGAGGGCGUGCUGCUGAAAUGACCUUAGAUGAAUUGAUUGAACUUGAAAAACAUCUUGAAAUUUGGAUUUAUCAAAUUCGUUCAACCAAGAUGGACAUCAUGUUUAAAGAGAUUCAACAGCUGAGGAACAAGGAAGGAAUAUUGAAGGCUGCAAAUCAAUAUCUUCAAGAUAAGGUAGAGGAGAACAUUGUGAUUACUAACUCUGCACCAAUAACCACUAAUAUUCCAUACCCACUAACUAUACAAAAUGAAAUAUUUCAAUAUUAGGAAUAGAGAUCAUGGGUUAUGUU